AUGUACGAUGUUGCAGAUUACUAUCAAGGUAAAAACGACUUUGAUGGAAAUAAAAAUAUUCAAGAUUUGUUUGACAUUAAUUUAUUGGACUUAAACAUCCCCUUUUUAAAGAAAAGAAAAGAUAUUUCAGGAGAAAAUGAAGAAUCUGAUAGCGAUGAAGAAUCGGAUAGUGAUGAAGAGUCAGAUAGUGAUGUAGAAUCAGAUAGUAAAGAAGAAUCAGAUAGUGAUGAAGAAUCAGACAGUGAUGAAGAAUUUAAAUAA